AGAUACAAACUUAAUAUGUCUGAACUUCAGUCAUCUUUACUCUUAAAGAAACAAUUGGCUGAACUAAACAAGAAUCCAGUAGAAGGUUUCUCAGCUGGAUUAAUUGAUGAAAAUGAUAUAUUCCGCUGGGAAGUCCUAAUAAUUGGUCCACCAGAUACGCUUUAUGAAGGAGGCUUUUUUAAAGCACAUCUUUAUUUCCCCAAAGAAUAUCCGUUGCGUCCACCUCGAAUGAAGUUCGUCACAGAAAUUUGGCACCCUAAUAUUGAAAAAAACGGAGACGUCUGCAUUUCAAUUUUACACGAGCCGGGAGAUGAUAAGUGGGGAUACGAAAAAGCAUCUGAGCGCUGGUUACCCGUGCAUACAGUGGAAACUAUCUUGAUAUCAGUGAUAUCAAUGUUGGCUGAUCCCAACGAUGAGUCUCCAGCAAAUGUAGAUGCCGCCAAAGAAUGGCGAGAAUCUUAUCCUGACUUUAAACGGAAAGUAGCUCGCUGUGUCCGAAAAAGUCAAGAGGAGUGCUCGUAGAAAGUGGAUUUGCCCUAUAUUUGUAUAUUUAUAUUAAAAAUUUGAUACAUUAAAAAGAAUAACUGAAUUAACAGA